CGGACUUGCUGAGCGAGCGGCACGCGGAGAGGCCAAGGUGCGAGCUGAACAGAACGAUACGGCCGGUUGAACGUGUUGCGGUGGUUGCUUUGGGAGGCGGAGAUGCCCGCGCUGGAGCGGAGCGGUAAUGGCGCCCUCGCUCUGCACUAUGCGGCCGCCAGAGGGUGCCUCGACUGCGUUAAGCUGCUAGUGGAGUCAUCUACCGAGCUCAGCGCGAACACGCAGAUGGACAACGACGUGACGCCGGUAUACCUGGCCGCCCAGGAGGGUCACCUGGAAGUACUCAAGUUUCUGGUUACCGAGGCGGGCGGUUCGCUCUACGUACGCGCCAAGGACGGCAUGGCGCCGGUUCAUGCCGCGUCGCAGAUGGGUUGCCUUGGUUGCCUCAAAUGGAUGGUGCAGGAGCAAGGCGUGGACCCAAACUUGCUCGACGGAGACGGCGCGACGCCACUCCACUUCGCUGCCAGCCGAGGUCACGUGGAGACUGUGCGCUGGCUGCUACGUCACGGUGCUCGCCUCGUGCUCGACAAGUUCGGCAAAAGCCCCAUCAACGACGCCGCCGAGAACCAGCAGGUGGAGUGCCUCAACAUCCUGGUUCAACACGGCGCCACUCCUGAAGUUAGGCACAAACCGACAGGGUGCAGUUGCUGCAAAGGCGAUUCGCAGGAGAAGUGCUCGGAGCCUUUCUUCCUGCACGCCCCGCCCCCGCAACAUCAGCAGCCCGAUGGUCUGUACAUCAACCCGGCGCACACCUCCACCAGCGACCCCUUCUAUCUACACAACCCGCGCGACCUCGUCUACAAUCGCGUGAAGGACCUGUUCGAGCCUCCCACCGGCUCCCAGCCGCCCGCACCGACGAUUUCGGGAGUCACGGUCAAGGUGGAGGUGCAUAGCAGCAGUUCGGGCGCCGGAUCUGAUGAGAACCUGAGCUCUUCCGACCUAAGCGAACGCAGCGCUGACCCCGAGAACGACUACGAGGAGAUUUACCAAUCACGCGAAGAGAAGGCAGCUGUAUCCGACGUGCGCAGGCGCAGUCGCGACUCUGGCAGCCAUAGUCGGAGCAGUAGUUCCAGUAACAGCCACGUAGUUGUAACGGCAUCACCCCCGGCUCAGAAUGAUACGCCUGCGCAGGAGGAACCGUCGAUGACAGCAUCCACAGAUCUUGAGCCAGUGUCGAUGCUGGACACCAUCAUCAGCAGUUACGACGAUGAGCAAGAGUCCGGAGUUUCGAGUGGCUCUCCCUCAGACCUCGGCCACUCCGAGGAGGAGUGCGAGAAGACCAGAGUGUCCCACCGCCACUCGCUGCCACACGUGCAACAUGGCGGCGGUAGCAACGGCAACAGCAGAGCCCUGAAACGAGUCGUCUCCGAGCCCGGACCCAUGUGUCCGCCACCGCCACCUCCACCACCCCCUACGGAAGAGGGCGCUUCUCCUACCAGGAGCCCCAGUCCACCGGUAGAGGAAGGAGUGGAGGAGACAAUGGUAAAGCCGCCAGGAGCAGUACAGCGCGAGGAUGCAGUGAAGAGGCCUGGGUCCCCCAGCAUAUCUCCCAGUCUCAGCGAGGAGAGCGACGAGCAGCGUCCGGCUCCGAACCUGGUCAACAAGCAGUUGGUCCUGCCCUUCAUCCCACCCAGGUUUCCCAGCACGGCGGCCGACUCCAACUCGCUCAUCAAGCCCUCUGAGUACCUGCGCAGUCUGGGAGGCAGCCGACUCAAGGCGUCCGAUACUCCUGUGGACGAGCUGACAUCAAGCAAGACGGAGACGCUCCCUGACACAGUGGCGUCCGCAACGCCGGGUCCACCGCCUCCUCCUCUUCCCGCCGGGGACUGCAUCUCUCCCACAGCGGUCAGGAAACAGCAACAACCUCUUGGGGCCAUCAGUAUCCAGGAGUUGAGCAGCGUGCAGCUGAGGAGAACAGACAAAAUGCUGGCCGCCAAGACGCUCUCGGCGCCUCCGCGGCACACAGGGGAUCAUCCUUUCAUGCUGCAGAAGGAGGACCUUAUUGCAGAGCUAAAGUUGUCCAAGGACAUCACAGGCAUCAAGAAGCUGAAGGUGGAGCGUGCCAAGGUGGAGGAGCAGCAGGAGAAGGAGAUGUUCAGUGAAAUCACCAGACAACUCACAGCCAACAGCUUUGUUGAGAAGAUUCCAGAGAAGGAUGCAACAGGCAACCCAAUUCCAAUAUGGAAGAGACAGAUGAUGGCCAAGAAGGCAGCAGAGCGAGCCCGCAAAGAACUGGAGGAGCAGAUGUUGAAGGAGGCUGAAGAGAAACGCCUGCAGGCCAUCCCCCCCUGGAAGAGGCAACUGUUGGCCAAAAAGGAGGAGCAUGAUGGCAGGAAAACAAACUUGUAUACUCCUCGGGUUGUGGAUGACAAGAAGACAAAACCUUCAAAACCUGAGGAAGUGCUAAGACAGCAAAUUCCUUCUAGCAGUGAGAUGGCUCCCACAGUUGAGGAUGGCAACAAGGAAAAUAAGACACCAGAACAGCAGCAGCAGAUAUCCUCCAAAGAGGACAAUAAUGAUGAACCAGCCCAGAUUAUUCCAUGGCGUGCACAGCUGAGAAAGACAAACAGCAAACUCAGUCUGCUGGAAUAGUGUGUGUUCCUCAUGACCCACUCUACCAUGGCAAUGACUUCCAUACUAUGUGCAAUAUGAUCUUGUCAGAUGUGGUGAAGUUUUAUAUGCACAUCCAUUUAUAUCAUACUGUUACUAGCUGUACAUACAUAGCAGAAUGACCUUCAUCCGGGGGAAUCACCCCAUGGCUGGCGUGGUUUUCAGGAUGAUGGAAAUUUAUUUUGUAAUAUUUGUAUUUAAUGUAUAUUAAAAGGGGAAAAGGCUGGGAAAGAGUUCUUAAAAUGUAGCACUCACAGUGUUAUCAACACAUAUCAGCCACAUUUUAUAUCAUUACUUUAUUAUUGUUGUUAUUAUUAUUGUUAUUAUUAUUAUUAUUAUUAGUAGUAGUAGUAGUAGUAGUAGUCAUUGUCUUCACCAUCACCAUCAUCAUCAUCAUCAUAAUUGUUGUGUGAUGUGUAUAAUGAGUGAAUUCUGUGAGGAAUGUUUUAUGUACCAUACAGCAAACACGAACAUUCUCAAAGUACACAUGCAGCUUGAGAGCUCACAGAACAAUAAUCAGAGCCUUAAAAUGACGAUGUUCACAUGUUCAAAUAGCAUUCAACAUCAUGUCAUGCUUUCUUCUAUUGGGUUAGGAAAAAGGAUGAAAAUUGUUUUACAUCUGUCAAAAUUAGUGAAAAUAAACAAGAAAAUACCUGUUGCAAGAGCACACAGAUAUUUCCCAAAAGUGACACAGAAAUCCUGGCCAACUUCAUAGUCGUAAAGUUAGCAAUGCAGCCUCUUGUUACAUAACCUAAUUUUCAGCAAUUAUGGACAUGUAUCAUGUUGACUGUGGUUUGGUCUUAGGGAUUUUGUCAGCCACUAUGAUCAGGGUUUUAGUGGUUAUGUGGACUGUACAAAUAUUGUCAUCUUCCCUCACCCCCAACAAAGCAUAAAUAUACACAUUUCAGCUGUCACUACCCAGUUCUUCUAGGUGCCUUAACCUUAUUUACAUGUAUUUUACUCUCCAUGCAUUUUAACUGAAUGUUUCAGGCAAGUGGGUAGGAUUCCUUCUUCAUAUUCAUGAAGUCCUGGGUUCCAGUCUCACUUCUGAUACAUAAUUGAGAAUGUGGUCAUUAUUCUUAGUGCCUCAAAUUAUGCCAUAAGAACUUACUUCCACAUCCUAUUUCAGUCCAUUACCCACCAGUCACCUCAGUGUUCUAUAAUAUGAACUACUGCAGGUGUGAUUUUAUAAUUAAUUCAGGGAAUAGAGUCCAACUUAAGACGCCAGUAACUGUUUACCUAAUCAGGUAAAAAGUGGCUUCUUUCCAUCAGAAUUUCCUAGCAAAGAACUCUUCUCACAAGCACCUUACAUACCCAGUCACAAAUAAAUAAACUAACGUACUUUUCCAUGGUCAUAAAACAAAUAAUUUAGGUGCAUCUUGAAAUACCUAAAGCAAGCUAUUAACUUCACUCUGUUGUGUGUCUAUCAAUAUGCAUAAUGAAUGGAUUUAUUCUUUUUUGGCCCUUUUGACAAAACAACCAAUUACAUUAUUAAUCUGAUAUUCAACUUUAUGAAAAUAUAUACAGUAGUGUUUACAAUAUAUGUUUUAAUCAGUACAGCAAGGGCGAGUGGAUUUAACUUAAAUGUGUAAUAUAAAGCUGAUCUUGAACAAAAUCCAGGUUUUGCCAUAUAAAUUUUAGGCCUCAUAGUACUAUGAGGGUAAAUAUCAUGCAACUGCUUUACAUGAAUCAAGAAAAUGGUAAGAAAUACAAUUUAAACAAGGUAUGAUACUCUUGACCAUCUCUCAAGAAAUCUGAGCCAUGUGUGUAACAGUAAGCAAAUCUAUCCAACAGUGUGUAAGUCUGAGUAACUCAAACCUGGUAUAGAGAAACUGUAAAUUUGUCCCUUUCCUGAAUGAAUUAGUUAAGCACCAUGCCAUGAAAGUAUAUGGGGGAGUGGAGGCAUGUCUCCAUUAUUCUUGACUUUGUCACUAGAUGGGGCAAGUGGUCAACUUCACACCCUGGCUGUUUACCCCCAGGGAAAGAUCACCUUGCACACAGUGGAUAGGAGGCUGGGUGAGCACCAGAGUCAGUCUCAACUGUCUUGACACUAUUGGAGAGAGAAAAAUCUCUUACCCCUACCAGGAAUUGAACACCGGCCGUCCAGCCCAUAGCUCAUCGCUAUACCAACUGAGCUAUCCUGGCUUUAGAAUAACUUCAGUCUGACCCAUCUUAGUAGAACCUAAUUUAAACCAGAGAGGCAUAGGAGAAUGAUCAGAUGAAUGUGAAGUGAAAUUUGCAAGUUGGAUGCAUGGCAACAUACUUAUUGUAGUACAACCACUUUUAAAUCAGAGCCGCCCAGGCAAGCAUAGACAAAUGUGAAGUGAUGUGCUUAGGUUGAGUGUGCUAUGAGAGUGAGCAAAUCAACCCAACAGUGUGAAAUUCUUAGUUACUCCAUAGUAAUCUAACUUCCAGUGGCAGAGCAUGACUUUUAAAACAAUGUUAGCCAAAUCCUGAGGCAUAAAGAAGUUCUGAAAAGUUCACAAUUGAGUAUGUACAUGUGAUCAUGCAUGUCUGAACUGCAAAUUAAUAAAGUUAAAGAAUGAACGAGAAAUGAAAUAUAAACUAAGAAAAAAUGGUUAGCAACUACUGAGUCCUUUGUUAUAACUUGUACUUAAAUUCCAUACCACAGUUUCCUUCAAUGAAAAUAUCUGUCACAGAGUCUCAGGAGUUAAAUCUGUUUUCUAAGUCUUGUUCUUCUCAAUUGCUAUUAAUGAUGACACAGUGAGUUUCAUCUCAGUCUGCAUGCAAUGUCAGUAAGUAUGGAUCCUUUUCAAAGCAGAGAAUGAUCACUUGGCAGAAACAUGGGUUGUUUCAAUGGUUAGUAAUAACCUAGAUAGCCUUUUGACUUAUGGUAAUGCUGUACUGUAAUUUGAGAUGAUCAUGUAUUUGAAGAAGUUUGCAAUAUUACUCUGUAAAAAUCAAUCUGACAAAUAACAGAAAGUUUAGUUUUCAGAAGAGGAGCCUCAAAAUACUGUCCAUAUGAUUUCCAUAACAACUCAGGAGCAGCUGGGAAAGUUUUGUGAGUAAUGUUUAAAAUUUAUAAAGUCAAGUGCUGAAAUAAAUUUAGUUCGAGAAUUUCAGAGAAUCAA